GAAGGGAAGGGCAGGGAAGGGGGAUCAAAACAAAUAUAUACCCCAUUUUCCCUUAUUCCCAUUUUGUGAACACGUGCUUCGUGAUGGUACAGUGCCUCCCAGUUUUGCUUCAACUUUGACUUGGGUCGUCCACUUCCAAAAUGCCCGGCGCAAUGAAGAGGCAGUUGCCUUUUCCUGGCAAAAAUGAAGCUAGUAAUCAAGACAAAGAUUUUUCAUCGUCAGUUAAGAAGAAAAAUCAUAGCACUCCUACAAGAAAGACAGCAAAUGAUGUAUCUUGUAGAACUCGUCGUUUCAAGAAUGGCACUAAAGCUUUAAGGGAGAUAAGAUCAUUGCAGAGGUCUACCCGUCUUCUUAUACCAAAAGCAAGUUUUUCCAGACUUGUACGUGAAAUCAUCAAUCAGUUUUCUUGUCAAGGUCUCAGGAUCCAGCCUCAAGCUUUAGAAGCUCUGCAGGAAGCUGCUGAAAUGUACAUGGUUCAAUUUUUUGAAGAUUCACUUCUCUGCACUCUGCACGCUAAACGAGUGACUCUACGGGUACAGGAUUGCCAUCUCAUGCGGCGUCUAAGGGGCCCCUCUGAAGUCGGAAACUUGUAACCAACUCAUGAUUAUUCCUUAAGUUGUAAUUAAACUGUGAUACUAAUUA